CGCGACUGCCAGAUCGGAGCGCCAAUAGACAGCUCGGCACCCCACCCAAAAGUCCAAAGCCCCACCAGCUCUGCUCAGCCACCACCAUCCUCCUCUUCCUCGAACGGUCGAACCGCCGAAAGCACGCACCCCGCCGCCGCGUACCCUCCCCUCACCCGCUCACCAUCGCCGGCCGCCGUUCGGCGCGACGCGGAUUCGAAUCCGGAAAGCGGGCGAUGGGGGCGAAGCGCGCGGUGCUGGUGGGCAUCAAUUACCAGGGCACCAAAGCGGAGCUCAAGGGCUGCCACAACGACGUCGCUCGCAUGCGCCGGUGCCUCGUCGACCGCUUCGGAUUCGACGAGUCCGGCAUCCGCGUCCUCAUAGAUGACGGCUCCGCGCCGCAGCCCACGGGGGCCAACAUCCGGCGGGAACUCGCGCGCCUCGUCGGGGACGCGCGGCCCGGGGACCUCCUCUUCUUCCACUACAGCGGGCACGGCAUACGGCUGCCCGCCGAGACCGGGAAGGACGACGACACCGGCUACGACGAGUGCAUCGUGCCCUGCGACAUGAACCUUAUCACAGACCAAGAUUUCACGGAGCUUGCGCAAAAAGUCCCCAGUGGCUGUCUCUUUACCAUAGUUUCUGAUUCGUGCCACAGUGGAGGGCUACUUGACAAGACCAAGGAGCAGAUUGGGCACAGCACCAAGCAGAAGCAGAAGCAGACCCAGACCCAGACCCAGAGCCGGGAACUUGAGGAACGGUCUCCUUCUGGCACCAGCUUCCGGGAAUUCCUCAAAGGUACUGUUCGGGAAGCGUUUGAGUCUCAAGGAAUUCACCUGCCCCACCGUAGCCGUAGCCACCAGCAAGGGAGCGGUCACGGCGACGACGGUGACCAAGAGUCGCGCUACAUCAACACAGCCGAUGCCCACGUCAAAAACCGGUCGCUACCUCUCUCGACAUUGAUCGAGAUGCUGAAGGAGAAGACUGGGAAGGACGACAUUGAUGUAGGGUCAAUCCGGCUAACGCUUUUUAACCUCUUCAAAGACGAUGCCAGCCCGAAGAUAAAGAAGUUCAUGAAGGUCAUGCUGAACAAGUUACAGCAGGGGCAGCACGGAGGCAUUGUGGGCUUCAUGGGCGCUCUGGCACAGGAGGUCCUGAAAGCCAAGCUCGAUGGCAAGGAAGAAGAAGAGUUCGACCCGGCAAUGAAACAGCACGUGCACAGCGAUCAAGAGGUGUACGCCGGGACGACGGCAAGGGUGCCGAGCAACGGUGUCCUGAUCAGUGGGUGCCAGACCGACCAGACGUCUGCCGACGCGACCACGCCGAAGGGGGUGUCCUACGGUGCGCUCAGCAAUGCCAUCCAGGCCAUCCUCGCGGAGCGUGGGACGGUAACGAACAAGGAGCUCGUGCUGAAAGCGCGCAAGAUGCUGUCGAAACAGGGCUACACCCAACAGCCUGGGCUCUACUGCAGCGAUGAGAAUGCCAGUGCGGCUUUUAUAUGCUGAUGAUGAUUCAUUGGGUUUGUCCUGUGGAUUGCAAUAUUUGUAUUUUGUCUCUAAGUGCAUGUGAGUUGGACUGGUGGUUAUGUUUUUUCGCUGAGAUUUGGGAAUGUAUCGUUUCUUUCGCAGG